AAAGAACACAUCCCUGGCACAGUUUCCAAGUCCUUCUUUCAGCCUGCUCCUGAUCGGUCCAAAUCACCAAUUCAUGAUCUAACCCACUCUGAUGAAGAGGACGGUGGUGUGCAGAAAGUAGUUAAUGCAGGAACUAGUAGACUUCCUGAAGGCAAAUAAGUUGCCUCUCAAGAUAUCAAUAUCAGAAGACGGCACACGUAUGCAAGAGAAAUUCUGCUAUGAUGCAACAUCAAACCAAAUCAUUGGCCCCGUGCUGCCUCUUACUAAUAAUGGUACACCAAUCUCAGGAAGCCAUCCAGCAUCAUCAGCUGCCAUGAUUGCAUCCCAUAUGAAAAAUGGAAGAGUAGCAUCAACGGGAUAUGCAAUCAUGGCACAACCCUUACAAAAUAAAGCUCCAGCUUUCUGCCUUUCUUUAUUUGGCACAGACAACAAGUUUUCACAUACGGAUGUUCACAAAAGGUGGUAUUUUAUCAAAAAAGAGUUGGCUAAAUUUGGUGUUGAAGUGGUUAAUUUUGCUUCUGACGGAGACCCAAAACUUUUAAAGGCUAUGCAUUCUCAUAUGUUUGGGCAGUCUGGUGUUGAUAAUAAGAACACAGUCUAUUUUAAAGAAGAAUGGAAAUCAUGGUUUUUUGCAAGUUCAGAUCUCAACUUCUAUGUCAUGCAAGAUUUUAUUCAUACUGCUAACAAAUUUCGAACGCGCCUAAAUCCCUCAACAAUACUUCCCAUUGGUAAUUAUUUGGCAUCACAAACCCAUCUCAAUAUUUUAAUUAAAAAUUUCCCUAAAGAAGAGCAUGGCCUUACAGAAGAUUUGGGAAAAGAUAAGAUGAAUUUUGAUGCGUCUGUCAAAAUCUCCAGUGAAAGGGUCACAAAUUUAUUGGAAGACAAUGUUCCUGGUAGUGAUGGCACGAUUGCCUACCUGACUUGUAUGAGAUUUCUCAUUAAGUCGUGUCUUGAUGAGUCUCUUUGUGCAGCUGAAAGAAUAUACCAAAUAUGGUACUGUUUAUUCUUCUUGAGAAUGUGGAAAAUUUAUCUAUUCUACCAUUCGUCAUACAACAUGAACAACUUUGUUACUUCUAAUCUGUAUGUGUGUGUUGAAAUUAUAGCACACACAAUGAUAAUGAUGAUUGUAAAAUUUAGAGAAGAAUCAACACCAGAAUAUUUUAUUGUGCAGCUGUUGGGGAGCCAGGCAUGUGAAUCGUACUUCAGACUUGCAAGAUCUAUGACAUCCACACAGUCAACCGUUAUAAAUUUCUGCAUGAAAGAAUUUCUCUCAAGAGUAAAACGAAUUGAUGUACUCUACCUUGUUUCAUGUAAAUUGGCAGAAAAGUUAGUCUUUCCAAGGGAGAAAAGGAAGAAAUUGUUAGGAAAUCUUACUGCUGAGAAACUUAGAUUAGAGUAUCUUCCAAAUGAUGAUGAGAUCUUUCAAAUAGUGCGAAAAGCAAGAUGUGAUGUUGCUGAAGUCAUGAAAAAGCUGGGAGUUAAAUGUUCAGCUGAUUCUUCUUUGGUUCAUAUUAAACAGUAUCUCUCUGCUAUGGAAUCCUUUGAAGAUGAUGACUCUAUUUGUGAAGAUUUUAAUUCAUCAUACACUACCGUUCUUGACGAAGAGGAUAUUAGCUUAGAUUUAUUGGCGGCUUUUCCUUCUCCUGGUGAUAUUGUAGGCCUUGAUCCGUUACAUAGUGAAGAAACUGUUUUGUCACCAACCAGCAUUUUUGUUAUGGUUCCUACUGUUUCUGGUGGUUUUAUCAAAAUGAGAAAGACAACCUUUUGUUGGCUGUUAUCUAAGAAUGGUUUAAAAUUAAGUAGUGAUAGAAUGCUGAGGGUGCGGCAAGGAAUUUGCUUUUCAUUGUCUACUUCAAAUACUCAAGUACAUGCCGCAACAAAACCAAAAAGGAAACCCAACAUUGAAGAAGGAGAAUGGUGCAUUUUCAAAAAGCAGAGAGUACACUGUAUUGGUCAAGUAAUCAGUUUUACAUAUUUAACUGGAUCUCGGUCAUACACUUUACCUAGUGCUCCCACUGACCCACCGAAGGACAAAGAAAAAGCAAGAGGAGUUGGGUGCAUGUGCUCUUGGUAUACACUAAACUCUGACAGAAGUCUUACCUACAAGCCAGUUAAAGUUCAGGGUUUUAUCAACAUUGACAAAUAUGUUGCACAUGUCCCAGCACCUACUACUAAUGUUGAAUCACAUCUGUGCUUAGAUUCAGAGGCGUUCUCUUAUUUUAAUAAACUCAAGUGAUUUAAGUUACCUUGUAUUGAGAGAUUUACCAAUAUAUACCAUAAAUGUAUUUUAGCUUUUAAUUGUUUGUUCCUGAAAGCUAGUCCUAACUGUUAAGUACUUUUUGUUGACUGGUCCAUUUCCACUUAUAUAAAAACAAAAUAUUUGUAAUUGUUUGUUUCGGAAAGCUAGUCUCUUCUAAUAAGUACUUUCUGUCGACUGGU